CAAAUUCCUGUGUUUUUAGGCGUUCGAUUUAUGAAUAAGUGUAUUAUUCAAGUGAUACGUACCGUGGGUGGAUCUAGGGGAGAAACGCUUGUCGUAGACAAGCACAAGGACAAUCUAGGCAAACUUGUGUAAUAAAAAAAGAAUUUGGACUGCUCUUUCGGGAAUAACAGUCCUAUUCCGUACCAAAGCAGUUUUUUUUUGGGUAAUAAAAUUUUCUUUUUUUCUUUCUGAUAUUAAUACAAUGCCUCGUGAAGAAAGAAAAGGACGUGCCAAUAAGAAGAGAGGAAAGAAGGGAGGAAAGAAGGAGGAAGAUACCCCAGCAGCCAUUUCUAUCACUCCUGGAGAAGAAUCUGCUGUACAAAAGACUUCAACUCCCGUUACACAUGACGGUCCAGCAGGAAUCGUAUUCAACGAUCAACAUUUCCAAGCUGCUCAUUUCGGUGAAGUAGACGAAGAAAUUCUUGGUUACUUCAAAAACGUGGAACAAACUUUAGACGAUCCUCAUUUUGAAUCUGGCGAAGAUCAAAGACUUUUUGUUGAGAAUGUAUAUACUGAAGUUGACGGUAAUGAAUUCCGUCUCUCCACCAAUUACUCUUGUUCUUUAAUUCUGGAAAAAUUGCUGAAAGUGUCUGAUAGCUUUCAACUUCGUGUGUUUAUGGAUAAACUGAGUGGAAAAUCCGUCGAAUUAUUUGCUCAUCGUUUCGCUUCUCACGUCUGUCAAACUUUAUUGACUUUGGCUGCUGAUGUUGUUGAACGUGAACAAUUAGAAGGUGUUUCUGACCCUUCUCCUACAAAGGAUGGUGAAGGAGAGCUUUUAUCAAUGGAAAAAUUGAUUCUCGGUGUCUGCGAAGAUAUCAAGCCUCAUGUCGGUGGUCUUAUCUCUCAACAAUUUGCUUCUCAUGACAUUCGUAUUUUACUCUACGUAUUGGCUGGUAAGAGAAUUGAUGAAUCUAACGAUGUGAAGGGUACUUUAAGAAGUAAGAAGUCUACUGCUUAUAAAAAGGAAAACAACGAUACUUUCACAAGAUCAAAUGUUCGUUUAUCCGCUACCAGAAAGGUGCCUGAUUCCUUCAAGGCUAUGUUUAGAACCCUUACUACCGAAUUAGCUAUCAAUAUGUCCGAAACUGAAGUCCGUACAUUAUCUGUUCACAAGGUUGCUAACCCAGUUCUUCAGCUUUUAUUGGAAAUGCAAGAGGAUGAUAAAGAGGGACAAAAGGCAAAGAAUAUUCUCAUCGAUCGUAUUUUAUGGGGUAUAGUCACUGAUAUUGACUCCAAGGAAGAAAAUAAGGAUAGAGAUGCUUGGUUUGAAACUAUGAUUCGUGAUCCUGUCGGUUCUCAUCUUUUGGAAGUCAUUGUUAAAUGUGCUCCUGAUGCUAUUUUCAGAAAGAUCUUCAAGACCUACUUGAAGGGAAAGCUUGAAAAGUUCAGUAUGCAUCCUAUUUCCAACUUUGUUAUUCAGCAUUUAAUCACCAACGUCAGAAAGACAAAACAAUUAGACCAAAUGAUGAGUGAAUUGGGUAAAUCUUUUGAAAAAUUGCUCAAGUUUGGUAAAUAUGGUGUCAUCAGAAGUUUGGUCGAUGCUUCGAUUAAGUUAGAGACUUCUCAAAAGGAAGUUGUUGAUGCUAUCGCUGCUGCCUUACAUAUGCCUGAAGGUGCCGAUCGCAAAGAGUUCGUCAACUGUUGUAUGCGUAUGUGGACAAUUGAGCAAUGGAAUGAGGCUACGCAAGAUGAAAAGAUGGACCUUUACAAGUUCCAUUUACAAGGUUCUUUGAUCGUUCAAGGUAUCAUGAAGAUGCAACCUGAAGUGAAUGCUGUGGUUGUGAACAGUUUCUUAUCUCAAAAGCCUGAAGUUGUGCAUCGAUGGUGUUUCUCUCCUGCUGGUUCCAGAGCUUUCGAAUCCAUUAUUGCCUCCCCCAAUGUUAACGCCAAGAUGAAGAAGAAGAUUAUGCGUGAUUUGUCAGGCAAAUACACUACGCUUGCCAAAGAUAAAUUUGGUAGUCAUAUUCUCGAUAAAUGUUGGGCUGCUGCUGAUAUCGAUACCAAGGAAAAGAUUGCUGCUGAAUUAGUCAAGCAUGAACACGAGUUAGCCAGUCAUUAUAUCGGUAAAAGUAUUCUCUGGACUUGUAAGAUUGAUCAAUACAAGAGAAGACAUGACGAAUGGAUUGAAAGAGAGAAGGGCGCUGAGCGUAAGCGCGAAAUGUUUAGAGAGAUUCUUGAUGAUUCACCUUUAGAGAAGAAACCCAAGUUUGCAUAAAGGAGAAGAAAUUAUAUAUAACGUGUGUACUAUUGAAUAAAAUGAUUUUUUUACUGUAAAAAUUGGAUAUGAUCAAGCAUCAUGUGUGGUAUUUCAUAACAGUGUAACACCUAAUACGCAUAAACUAGAUGAAA